UAAUUUUUUAAGCAAAAGAUUUUAUAAUUUUUUAAUUUCAGUCAAUAAAUUUUUAUUGCAGGUAGCUUUUACUUACCAUAUGGAGAUGGCCCUCGAAUUAUGUCAAUAUUUGAACUUCUAGAUUAUAUCGUGAAUGAGCCUCCACCUUCUGUACCAGCUAGUGUCUUUUCCCCUGAAUUUAAAGAUCUCGUGGACAGAUGUUUAAAGAAAAAUCCAGCUGAGAGAGCAGAUCUCAAGUUUCUAACUACACAUGCAUUUGUGAAGCGAUCUGAAGCUGAAGAUGUUGAUUUUGCUGGUUGGGUUUGUCAGACGAUGGGUCUAGAUCCUUCUACUCCUACAAAAGUAUCUCCAGAUGGUUAAAGAGGACUUUCUGAAAACACUUUUUUCCUGGCACCAAAGAAGAAGUGGAAUUCUUUUGUCUUCUUAGUCAUAUCUUUUGUAAAUGUAAUUGUUGUUGAAGAUGUCGUGUAUAUGCAAAUGCUGUAUUUUCAAAUUCAUUUGCAGUUUACAUCGUGGUGGAACAUACAUUUUUCAUUUUGUCAUUUGUUUUUCUGCAUUUGUUGCUGUUUUGUUUCAUAUGGUUUCCAGUCAGUUAUGUGUUAUGUUAGUGUCUUUUAUGUUAUUACGUAAAAUCGCCCCCUCCAAUUAUACGAAAUGGUGUAUAGUAAUAGUUUCGAAAAGAAUUUUUUUUUUUUUUUUUUUCCUGUUACUUUCUUAUCAGUCAGUGCACAUAUUUUUCAUUAACUCUAGUCACUGAAGUGUUUUAAGAUUUUUUUUAACAAUUUUUCUUA